AUAUAAAAUAGGUUAUGUCACGUUCGCGACUUCAUAACCUAACAUUAUUUCAUCGUUCGUAUUCCACACAAGAUCAUGAAACUUAACCAAACAUGAUCAUGUAUUGCAAAAGCGACGUUUAAAAUCGAGUCAUCUUCGAGACAGCAUUAUUAAUUUUUAUUCGUGAAUACUUAAUACUUUCCACAAAUGAAAUAUUUCUCAUUUGUACAUUGUAUUCGUUUUAGGUAAUGGCAUCCACAAGAGUAAUAAACUACAUUUCAUAUAAAAGAUUCGCAGCAGCAUCUAGUUUAAGAAAUGUAUCCGUUCUCUCGAAUUUUAACAUUAAAUGUAAUUUCCGACAAAAUGCAUUCUACUGCACAAGGAAAUCGAUUGCUAAGGCAGACACCCUCGAGCACGAGAAUAAGAUGCAAGUCACAUUUGCGGAUGUAGUUAAAGAAAACACAAAAUCGGCUGGGUACUUAGGUGUGAUCAUCGGCGGUGUAGGAGUGACAGCUUUCAUGUUUUACAUGAUUUUCGAUGAACUGUUUUCUAGUAAAAGCCCGAACAACGUUUACAGUAAAGCAUUAGAUGUCUGUAUCAAAAACCAAAAAGUAAGGGAUUCUUUGGGGGAGCCGAUAAAAGCAUACGGAGAGGAAAGUAGACGCGGACGCAGAAGCCACAUACGUCAUAUAACGUUUAUGAAGGAUAACGUACGUCAUAUGCGAAUGAAGUUUUAUAUUCAAGGCAUAAGAAGGCGCGGUACCGUAAAUUUGGAAGUGCAAGAAGACCAGUCUGGCAAAUACGUGUACAGAUAUUUAUACGUUCUGGUGGAUGACAUGGUGCAAUCCGUUAUUAAAAUAGAGGAUAAUAGGGACCCGGAACCGGAUUAUAGUGAUCAAACGGAGUUUAUAUAGAGCUAAUAUUUUAAACAAUUGUAAGUAGUAUUUGAUAUAAGUAUGUAUAAAGAUGCUUAGAAUGCUUAAUUAUCUGCAAUAAUUAUAAUGAUUUUAAACGAACUUUUGUAAAAUCUGUGUCAAUAAAAACGGUACUUAGAA